CAUGACUGUUUAUUUCAAUUGGGCAGACAGGCAGAUCAAGCAAAUUGAAGACAGACGAACACAUGAUCAACAAUAUACUGGGAGAGGAUAAAUGGAUUUUUAAUGAUUUGCAGCAACCACAGAGAAAAAUGUCUUCAGAUAACCAGUGGUCAGCAGAUGAGGAAGAAGGCCAACUCUCCCGGCUGAUCAGGAAAUCUAGGGACUCCCCAUUUGUCCCCGUAGGAAUAGCAGGCUUUAUGACUGUGGUGUCCUAUGGUCUUUACAAGUUAAAGUACAGAAAAGAUCAGAAAAUGUCCAUUCAUCUUAUUCACAUGAGAGUUGCUGCCCAAGGAUUUGUUGUAGGAGCUGUGACUCUAGGUGUUCUCUAUUCUAUGUAUAAGGAUUACAUCAGACCUCGAUUCUUCAAUGUGUCCAAAAAAUAA